CUCUGCUCACUUUCGUUCGGGUUGACGUUGUGCGAAGAAGUGUUUCGUGUGAUUCGGGAGUUUUUCUCUGUAGUGAACUUUUCUAGCCAGCAAAAGCAGAUUGAUUUGACUACCUAUAAGUGGACGUUGGAAGAAGGCCCCCCCAAUAUUGUGAAAUUCCUAGCGUGGGCGCCUAGGAAGAGAACAUUCCCGCCGGAAGGUAAUUUCGUUUUGGCUGUCCGCGUCGAAUCCCGUUUGUGAUGAAUGUUUACGCUGGAAAUGCUCUGAAGAUGGAAAAUGUGCUUUUGAUUUUUGGCGAAGAAAAUAAUGAUCUGGUAGAGGGAUUUUGCCCCACUCUGGAAGCCAACACGUCCUGACGGGAAUAAGGAUCAACCGGAAGGAUAUUCCACAGGAUUCCGUCUUUGGUAGACUGACGGGAGGAAAAUAUGCAGGUGCAUAUUGAGGAUAGCGCGAUACAUCGAUAAAUUUAUUGUUGCAGUCGCGAAAAGGCAGCCAUUAACUGAGAAGAGGAAGAAAAAAAAAUCACCAAACGAAUUCAAGGUGUCAGCGAGACGUAAUUCCUUUAAUUUUCGUUGAUUUAUAGUGCUUGUAGCAAAUAAUAUAAUUUGAUUUAUUGGAUUUCAAUCUGGACGGAAAAGGCAAAAGGAGCAACAAUGGAAUAUUCUAGCAAUGACGUAAAGCAGCUGUUCAGGUCCGUGUACGCCCUAGUAAAGCAACAGGACGAGCGCAAAGCAGCCCUUUCCGUCUCUGCUCUGUUGACCAACGACUUUCUCGAGGAGCACCGGCAGCUCGUAAGUCGCUGCGUUUCAUUGUUGUUCGAGGACUAUGAAACGGUGGGCAAGAAGGCGCGUGAAAUUCUGUGGCGUAAGGGAUACUACGACUUGAUUGCCAUCUUCAAGAAACAUUACCAACAGCUGCAACAGCAGUGGAAGAAUAAUGGAGAUGGGGCAGUACAAUUGGCAGAAAGAGAGCAACAGCUGAAACAAGGAGCUGAAAGAUUACUGCUGGAUGGAAUCAAUCAUCUGAAAGUAAUUAUUCUACGAUUGGCGCAGAUUUUCAAUCUGGAUAAUAUGAAGUAUUUAGUAAGCUACGGACUACUGGAGAACUAUGACGAUGAUCUGCUGGUGCGCGAAUCGGGAUGUUACGAAAACUUGAAGCUGGACGAAGAGAGGAGCGAGGAAGACAAGAAAGUAAUCUACACUAAACAGGAAGUGUCGUUUGCUUUGGAAUCGAUUCAUUCCCUGCUAACUGCGCUGGGCGAUCUUCAUCGGUACUACUGCGAGUUUGGACUUAAAGGAUUGACCGCUGGAGAGAACUUAAAGGAACUUACAGCGAAGUACUACAUGGAAGCGUUCAAAUUGAACACGAAAAUCGGCAUCACUCAGAAUCAACUGGGAACCUUGUUCAAUGGCAAAAAUUACAAUUUGGACUCGGUUUACCACUAUCUGUAUUCGCUGUGCUGUCCGGUUCCGUUUGAAAGCAGCGAACUUAACGUAAACAGAAUCUUCCAGAAGAACAUCCGAUAUUUGGAAUGCAACGGAGGAGACGCUGUUGAUGAGGAAGAUUUUGCAAUCCGUGAGUUUGUGGCUAAGUUCUUGCUAGUGGUUGACGUGUUCUUCUACGACAAAAGUGUCACCGACUUCACUAGCCUGUGUCACUCGGUGUUGAUCGAUUUCAAAAAUGUACUAGGAGCACGCCGCCUAGUUGACGAUGAGUACUUUAUAACCGAUGAUUUCAUCUUUAAGAUCGUUUCGAUCCUGUUUUUCUGUAUGUACAAAACGCAGGUUAACAAUUCUGAUAAAAUCUACAGUCUGAACGCCUUCAUGGUGGCAUUGUGCUCCGAGCUCAUGGAAUACUGCACAAUGGCCGUGGAGAAGUACAUGGUUGAAAAUGUCCGAGAGGAUAAGAAGUUUCGUGAACUGUACAUGUCAAUGUACCAAAAGUACGACGAACAGGUUCGCAAAUCUCGUCAAUCAUUGAAGGACAAUGUGAACGCUUUCAUAAAGGACCAGAAGUCCUCAUCCGGCGUUGAAGAAUGCAACGGAAGCGACGAACACUCAAACAAGGAAAACGAGGAAAUCGAUGCUAAAAGCGAAACAAGCUCGAAGCGUGUUGCUUCUCGAAAGAAAAAUGCUCGCCGUCGGCGUAGAGCACUAUCAAAUGAAUCAGAAUCUGAACUUUCUGACCCAGAAGAUGACAGCGAUUUUCAGCUAGACUCGGAUUCCGAAGAUGACGCCAGUUCAAUUUCAAGUUUUGACUCCUACGAAGACUUCUCCGAUGAGGACGAUGAUGCAGAACAUAAUGAAAAAACGGAACUGCACGAGGUGUGUCCUAAUCAUUUGAACAACGAAAAACGUGACAAAUACGAGCUGGAAAGCAACAACAAUCAAGAUGAUCAACAAGCUCAGCUCAAAUUCAAGAAACGCUACCACAAGUUGAACCCGAAUAUCAUAAUUGAUUUCGCAGAACAAGAACGCACGAUGCGUUCGCUAAUGCUGCUUUUUGAUUGGCUUCACAUCAAUAUUGAUAUCCUGAUCGGUUGUUAUCAAUCCAAUCCGGAAUUCAUACAUAACAUUAUGAAACUACUGAAUCAUUUUAAUAUCGACAUUUUCUCCAAUCGGUACUAUUUCCCGCGUCAGUUGAUCACGGUCAAGGGCAUCCGGGAAGAUUUCCGCUCGCUGUUCGAAAUUCGUAGAACAAUCCCGCUGGACGAGGACAUACACAUGAAACGCUUCCCAUUGUUCGAAGACACCCAGGAAAGUCUCGAUUGGGAGGCAAACUAUCGCCUGGAAGUGACUCCUUCGGAGUUGAGCUUCCUGCGUCUUAUGAAGAUGGUCGACUUUGGUUUCGCACUCUGCAAGUCUAAGAAGUUCGAGUAUUCAUUCUGCCCGAAGUCGCGUGAUUUUAGUCUUAAAAGCAAGAAGGCUCAGAAGCAACAACUCCGCAAAAAGGACGAACCGAACAAACGCAUUGGAAAGGACAACAAUCGUCGUGUGCGUCGUCGCGAGCAACAGCAGGAGAAGAGGCGUAUGCGCAAGCAAAAGGAAGAUCAGGACCAGAGGGGCGAGGUCAAGCCUCGUCGGAACCGUGAGCGCAAUCGACAACAUUCCGAGCGUCGUACUGCUUGCUCCGGGUCGGGUUUGGAAGGGCAACGGUCUAGCCAAGAAGCAGACGGAAAAGUGGCUCCCAUUAUCAUCACCAAAAAGGGUUACUUGAAGAACAAAACCAAUGGAUGUAGUGCAAUCUUACAGAAGAAUCGCAGUGAUGACCACCGCAGUAAGGGAGAGUCCUCCACACACUCCGACAACACGGGAGAUGAGGGCCAACAGGAGAAAAAUAUCAACGAGCUGAUGGGACAGCUGUGGUUGAGAAAUGAGGUGAAAACUCUCGAGUCGAAGGUCAAGAAAGUGGUGAACAUAACGUUGACGCCGUAUCUGAUGCUGGAUUCGAAAUGUUUGACCGAGUACACGUCGAUUGUCAAAAAUCUCGUGAAAACAAAAAAGUUUGUCAUAUUGGUUCCCACAGCAGUUUUAUCAGAUCUGGAUGAAUUGAAAAAGCAUAGCGACGGUGCACGCAACGCAAUCAAAUGGCUUGAAUACGAAUUCAGCAAGGGAAAUCGUUUCCUUCGCUCCCAGAAGAGUCACGAAAUGCUACCGAUGCCGUUGUUUAAGAUUCCCAAAAAACUAGAUCGCGACGCGGCGGUGUUCUAUCAGAUUGUCCAGUUUUGCAACCACAUUGUUUCGGACCACGCCGACAAGGAGCGCACGGAUAUCAUCACCUAUCUGUCCGGAGACUCGUUGCAAGACAAGAAACUGCACAAUUCCAGCUAUAUUGGCAUUCUCGAAGCGAUUCCGGUCAAGUUUGAACAGAUCGUUACCUUCUAUUCCAGCUACAAAAGGAAAUGAGCUCCCGAUUUGGUAAUUGCCCUAGAGAAUUGCGCGGAUCAACACAGCUAAGGAACACCGUUCCCGAAUCAUUCUCGUUUCCCAUCACGGCAAAAGGGGUUGUCGUUGAAAGAGGACAAGGAAGAAUACUGUAGGAUUCGGUGAUUGCUUUCUAUUAAGAUAGAUUCAACAACAGGAGCAAUGGGAGCAGCGGCAAGCAGUUUUAUCGCGGAGAAAAUUCUUCAACCAAACCACAAAACAACAUAAUCCUUCGGUUUUACUUGUUCCCGGUUUUGGCGGUAGUGGAACAAAGUUGCUCUAAUGGGACCUGAUUUUGGCAACAUCAGUGUAAGGCAACAAUCUGCUAGCGCAAACGUUUACCAAGGUGGGGAGGAUUUAUCAUUUUGUCGGUUGAUAUCUCUGAAAGCAGCAAAAAUAGGCCAACUUUUACAUCUUUAACCGGAGCGGUCACCAUUUCAUCAAACGAAAAUUGCAAAACUUGAUUCCAUUGCACUUGAUGUUAUGGCGAGAACAGAUAUGAAAUUUUUCAGCUGAACUUCCAUUGCAUUGGCUACAAAAAUAUAUUCUGUCUGACCUGUUCCUCUAUUCUGUUAAAUGCUUUUUAGUUGUUUCAUCAGUGACAACGCAUACAGCAGCGACAUAACUCAGUAAAACAUGUUAUUAUUUCAUGCUAAUUGCCCAUUUCGGUACUAAAGAAUCGACUAAAAUCUUCUC